CAGUUAACUUUGUGUCAGGGGAAGACAAAAGCAAAAAAAGGAAGAAAAAAAAAGAGAAAAAAUAUUUUAGAGAGAGAAACAAGAGAGAGGAAAUUUGUUUUCCCACCAUUUUCCAUAUUUUCCCUCUUGUUCCUUCUCAACAAUCUUUCACACAAAUGGUCACAAACACGUUUCUAUUUUGAAAUCAUCCUGCAACAUUGCAGUCAAGAAAAAAAAAAAUUCAUUAUUAUUAAUUAACAAAACAUUUUUUUUUUCUUGUGUGAUUUCAAAUUUCUUCUUCAAUCUCUGUUAUACCUACAUUUUUUUUCCCAACAAACAACAACAACAAUAAUUAUAUUCUGUUUUACUUUUGUAACCUUUUGGAGUUUAUAAUCAAUUUUGCACAUUUUGGCUAUUAUCAUUAUUCAUCAUUCCACCACCUGCAUUUCCUAUUGCAAUUGUUUCAAAAAUAUUCAUUGUGUUUAUUUGAAAGAGAUGUGACAAAUUGGUGUUUCUACUUCUGCAAUAAAAAAGCAGAAAAAGAUUUCAUUGCGCUGGAUGCGCUUUUUGUCCCCUACUUUCUGAUAAAAAUUGAAUCUUGGAGAUUAAUCAACCGAGUUUGUGCAAGUGUAUGUUGAGGGAGGUGUUGUUAUAGCCUAAAUUUUAUAAAUAUAGAAAAAUGAGAGACCCCAAUUUUGUCAAUUGUAUCAAUAGGGUUAAUGUUUUUUUCUUUUUUCUUAUAAUAUAGUUUAUGUACAGAAUAAAAAUUGAAUGAUACUGAAGGGGACAGUGGUGUAUUUGCUUUCCUUUUUGUACAACUAGUUUAUGUUUCCAAGUGAUUUCAAUUGCUUGGAGAGUGAAUUUGUGCAAGAAAGCUGGCGAUUUUGUGUGGCAUUUUGUAUAGGGUCCUCGCUGUUGACAGAUAUUGUUUUUGCCGCAAUAACGGAUUCAUAUGGUUCUGCAAGCUAUGGGGGGUAGAUGGAACACUUAUGGAAUCAAGUUAUCGUAUCUCGCUCUUUUGAUUAUCGUUUUGGAUAUUCGUGGUUGUUGUGCUCUUAAUUCGGAAGGAUUGGCAUUAUUGAGAUUCCGUGUGAAAGUGGUUUCUGAUCCGUAUGGCAUUCUCGAAAACUGGAAUUCAGAUCAUUGUGACCCGUGCUUGUGGUUCGGUGUGCAGUGUAUGGAUGGGAAAGUGCAAAUUCUGGACCUUCAUGGAUAUUCGUUGAAAGGAACACUCGCACCAGAACUUGGAAAUCUCACUCACUUAAAAUCACUUGUGCUUUCUGAAAACCGUCUCUUUGGUGCUAUUCCUAAAGAAUUUGGACAACUCAGAAUGCUGGAAAUGCUUGACAUGAGGGAUAACCAUUUGAGUGGAAGAGUUCCAGCAGUAAUAGGAGAUUUGCAAUCACUUAGAAGCUUAUUGAUUUGUGGCAAUAACUUCGAAGGGAAGAUUCCUUUGGAGAUCAGGAAGCUUCAUCUGCUCUCCGAAUUGCAAUUUGAUGAUUACCUCACUUCUGCUACUGCUGCUGGAACUGGUUGCAUAAAUAGAAAAUUUGGGCAUUGCAUCUGCCAUGGUAGUUCGAGGGCAUUUAAGACCAUAGCCUCCUUUGUCAGACCAAUUAAAGAGAUGCUAAAUUGGUAUUUUCGUUUCUUCACACCGUUCCCGCAUUUUUUGGAUGCUCAGGCAAACUUCUGCUCUGACAAUGUACCAAGUUCAACUAGGCCACAUAUUAUCCAUGCUGUAGAGAACCAAGUAAAAAUUGAACGCCGUAAGUUAGCUGAACUAUCCAGUAACCUUGCUGCUGCUCCUGCUAAUGGAGGACAACCAUUGGGACAUGUUGAUCCUGUGCCAAUCAGCAGAGGUAGUGGUUCAUUCCCUGCUGUGCCAAAUGCUGAAGGAAAUCCUACUCCUCCUGUGAUUAUACCAUCAGGGGACACACCUCAACAUCAUCAGCCUCAAAAUCCUGGGGGACGCUCAAAUGGGGCUGUUAAACAGCCAACUGCUAGUCAAACCCCGCCUGGUAGAAAGUCUGGAAGUACAUGGAAGUAUAUAGGAAUUGGCAUUGGGGCUUUUCUGGUUGUUAUUUUUGUGUUUCUGAUAUUUAUCUUCAAGAGCAAAGCUGCGCGGACAAUAGGCCCUUGGAAAACUGGAUUGAGUGGACAGCUGCAGAAAGCAUUUAUUACAGGGGUCCCAAAACUAAACAGGCCUGAGCUUGAAACUGCAUGUGAGGAUUUUAGCAACAUUGUUUGCAAUCGAGAUACAUUUACCAUCUAUAAGGGAACUUUAUCCAGUGGAGUAGAGAUUGCUGUUGUGUCAACUGCUAUAAAUUCUCUGAAAGAUUGGUCCAAGCGUUCUGAAUUGGCCUUCAGGAAGAAGAUCGAUUCACUCUCAAGGAUAAACCACAAGAAUUUUGUUAAUCUAAUUGGAUACUGUGAAGAAGAUGAACCUUUCACAAGGAUGAUGGUCUUUGAAUAUGCAACAAAUGGAAGUCUUUUCGAGCAUCUUCAUGCUAAAGGAGUUGAACCUCUUGAUUGGUCUGUAAGGAUGCGAGCUAUAAUGGGGACAGCAUAUUGUCUUGAGUACAUGCACAAUUUGAAUCCUCCGCUGCCGCAUUCUGAUGUGAAUUCACACUCCAUCCUUUUUACGGACGAUUAUGCUGCUAAGAUUACCGAGCUUGUUUUCUGGUCAGAAAUAAUGGUCAAGUCAAGGUCUGCCAGUGUUGAUCUAGAAAACUCCGAGCUGCCACCACUUGCUGAUCCCGAAAUGAAUGUAUAUAGUUUUGGGAUUUUGUUGCUGGAAAUAAUUUCUGGAAAGUCACCUUACUCGGAACGAGAAUCUCUUCUGAGCUGGGCGGAGCAAUGCCUUAAUGAUAGGCAGAAUCUCAGCAGCAUGGUUGAUCCAAACUUGAAGUCCUUCAAGAAUAAUGAGCUUAUGGUUAUAUGUGAGGUAAUGAGAGAAUGUCUCCGAGAAGAUCCAAGGACGAGGCCAACAAUAAAAGAAGUCAUUAAAAAGCUAAGGGAAGUGAUCGAUAUAUCCCCUGAUGCUGCAGUUCCAAGUUUAUCUCCUCUUUGGUGGGCUGAACUCGAGAUUCUAUCCUCCGAGGCACCCUAAUUAACCUGACUAGUGUUUCUACUUUUGUAAGUUGAGCGUUGCUUUGCUAUGCUUAUAUAACCUAAAAUAUACCUCAUUAUUGUCAACUGCAAGUCCUUUGUACCCAUUUUUCUGUUCUAAAUAUAUAAUAUUAGUUCAUUCUUUAAUAA